UCUUCAGUGUCUCUUCUUCUGAGGACACUCCCAUCAGAUCAAGGCUCCAUCUAUAUGACUGCUUUCAACCUUAAUCCCUUCCUGAGAGAUACCACCCCUCAUAGCCACACUGGAGAGGAGAGCUUCAACAUAGGAAUUGUGGGAUGGGCUGCACACACAUUAAGUCUACAAUAGUGUUUCAGAAUGUGGGACUUUACAUUUCUAGAAUUCAUGGCAUACCAUAGAAUUUUUCUAGAAUUUUGAGUAUCUGAUUAAACUUGGAAGUUAUUCAUAACAGUAUGCUUAACACUGUACUGUGCUUCUGUCAUUGCAUACUCCUAAUAUGUGUUUUCAUAUGUUAUUCCUCACAUGUAAACUGAUAGAAUACUUGGCUUAAGUUGCAUGUUCAAAUAUAAUGUAUAUAGUCACAUAACAUAAAUUGAUUUGGAUUUUAUUUGAAGCCUUUGGUAAAAAUAGCUGUGGUGACUGCACAUAACCCUCAAGGCAUCAGUAUUCACUAAGGUAUGCAAUUACAGCUAUGAAAUGGCCAUUUCUUAAUACAACAUUUUAUUCUGUCAAGCUUUCUUUCUCCAUUCUUCCAAAUAAUUGAACAAAAGAGGUAAUUUAGGUGAUUUCAGCUUUAUCAAGAUCUUGGUAUAAUUUAUUCCAGAAAUACUGAGCACUCUAUAAACAUUUCAGUGCAGGAAUAGGAGCAGAAAUGGAUAUAAAAUUAUAUUGUAUUUGAGUCUUUCUAAGUAUCCUAUGCAGGUGAAAAUCUUUCGGGAGAAAUACACGUUUAACUGGGGUGUCGUUAUUUAAUUUUUUUCUAGGUGGUGUUUUUCUCCUUAUCUCCUCAUUUCAUUGCUUGUGCUCUUAAUUGCCACAUGCCUAAAUGAUUUUAGUUUUGCUUCCAUGUUUUGAACUUGACAACAUAAUUCAAAUGCAAAACAGUUGAUAUGCUGACAUGGGGACUUCUUUUUAUAGUUGAUUUGUUUUCAGAGGAAUAAAAAUCAUGACAUUUUGUUAAGACAGGUUUUCUAAAAGCUACAGUGCAUAAUUCCUUAGACGAAGUCCUAGUUCUUUCAGGACAAUUAAGGACUAUUUAUCCUACCUCCUGAAUGUCUUAUACAGAAUCACAUUGAUAAUUUUCUGAAAUUCAGAUGAUUUCUAUUAACAUUUUUUAAAAAGUUAGUUAAGUCCUGCUUUAGGUGCUGUGCAAGGCUAGUAUUUGGGCUCUGUUCUCUCUUCAGUUUGUUGGUAACUGUCUUCUGGCCAGGUUCAGGGGACUCGUGUGUGGGUAAACCUUUCCCAGGUGUUUAUUAGUCAAAUAAGAGAACAUCAGAGAAAAGAAAACAAGUGUGGACAUGGAGAAGUUAAUCAAAUACCUAUAAAGUGUGUCCUUUUUUGCUAUGGAAAAUCUGGGGGGUUUGUGGAAGCUUUAAGACAUAUCCUCAUUCCAAUAACAUUUAUUAAGCAUAUGCUAUGUUCUUGAGGUCGUGGAAGCUGCUGAAUUAAUAGAUGAGUAAAAUGCAGUUCUUUGUUUUGAAGAUUUAACAAUGUGAUUCCAAAGAUUCUUCUCUGAAUCAUUCAAUUAUAUCUUUUAACCUCUCCUCUGUGGAGGCUGUCUUCAGCCUAGAACAUAAUGGGUUUUUAUUUUUUAUUAAAAAAAUUAAACUUAGGAAUUUCUAAAUUCUUUAUAAAAUAUAUGAUAUCCCAACCUAUCAAGAAGUAUUGUCUUUCCAUCACAAAUAUAAGCUCAUCAAAGAUAGGAACAUGUAUCUACGUAUCCAUUAAUUUAUUUUACCUAGAGCUGAGAUACCAUGCUUAAUGCAGCAUGUCAAGCAGAUUAAUGAGUAGGGGCUUGAUGAGUAAAAGAAUACCUAAUUUUUUAAAAUCAUUUACUUUUAUUAGGCCCAAGAGUAAGGACUUGACAUGAAUUAUCUUUUUAAACAGGUGAUAGAUAUUGUAUUUCCCAUUUUACAGAUAGGGAAACUAAGGCAGAUGAGGUUAAGUAACUUGAGAUAGUUCAUUUAGCUAGCAGGUGACAAGUCUGGAGUUUGACGUCUGAUUCAAAUUGCACUUAAUCUUUUAAAAUUUUGUUGCCAGAACCUAAUAACACUUUGUUUUUAAAAGUAUUGUUUGUAUAAGUCUAUCAAGUAAAUACUCCCCCCUCCCCGACUCCUACUCCCUUAGCAGCUUCUCUGGCUAACUCUUGAUUGUCUAUAUAUGUGUAUAAAACUCACUGAGAUUUAAGUCAAGCCUGUAGAUAGGUGUGUUGAUACUCUCAAUUUAGAGCCUAUUUGUAAACAAGAGUUGAAAGAUUUUUAAAAAUUCUAUUUCCAGAACCCAGAUUUGAAAGGUUCAAAGCCUUUCCCAAACUACCUGUGAUGCUUGCCCAACAUGAUGGGGGGUGAUCUUUAGUGAAGCCUGGAGCUUAUGGAUAGUAGCAAGAUGUAUUUGCAUUAUAACUCUUUACUGUUUUAUCUAGAAGGUGAUGUCAUAAGGUGGGACACUUACUUUGUAUAAUGGAAGAACCAUGGCCUCCAUAGGACUCUCACUGUUUUGCUGUUGAAGUUGGACUUACAGAUUGUCUCUGGGGGAAUUGUUUCGCUGUGGCCAAAGCAUAUUGCUAACAAAAGGCAGCUUUAGAAAGUAGCAGUCACUAUUUUUAUGAAAUAACUGAAUGAAAAUAGGUGAGGCUGACUAAACCAUGGGGAUGGAGGAGGCUGUUAUUAACAUUGUUCUUUUUUAAGAUACACAUCUUGGGAAAGGAAAGAAAGUCCAAAUGAAUAGAUGAGUAUGGUCAGGACCAGCGUCACUGCAUUCAUUAGAACAUUUUCUUAACCAGACCAGUCAGAUAAACUUUACUGUUAUUGGGAAUCUAUGUCAUGACCACUUAUCCAUCCUCCCUCAUCACAUCCAUCCAUUGUAUUUCCACUGGGAGGUAUAAAAACACCACUCAUUCCUUUUUACUUUUAUUGCUCAUUUUUACAAAAGACGAAUGUAAAAUUUCCGGGUAGAGCACUUUCUCCAUCAGACCACUGCAGAUAGCCCAAAUCUAUAAUUUCAUUCCUCUCUAACCAGUCUGCGUGAAAUACAAUUUGUGCGAUGAUUAUUUUUCAAUUUGUUGCUUAAUUUGCAUUGUUGAAGGUGACCUACUGAUUGCUAGAUAUAGAAAAAUAUCAUGCAUGAAGAUUUGUUGGAAUACAUUGUGGCUAGUGGGAUAGUGUAAAGAGCUCAAAUCCUGAAUUCUGAAGUUUUAGGAUUAUCAAAGGUCAGUUUGGAAUCACCCUGCACCUUCAUGCCAAGAAGGCAAGUGCUGAAUCAGCUAUACAGAAAACACUAUUUGACAGUCUGGUUUCAGACCCCGGCAUGGCUUGGAGACAGCGUUGGUGUGUAUGAAGGAUCUUCCUCGAAUGAAGGAUUUGGGACAACUUUCCAUGAUGAUUAUAUUAGAGCCUCAGCUGCUUUCGUGUUGGUCAUGAGGUGAUGCUGAACCGAAUGCUUGAACUAGCAGGAGUGGCUGGGAUUGCAUUGGAGUGGUUCCGUUCAUUCCUUCCGGAAAUGGAACUUCUCCAUUAGCCUGUCUGAAUGCAAUGCUUCACACUAACACGCGAAUCGGGGAUGGAACAUUCUUCAAAAUCCCUGGGAAGUCAGGCCUCUAUGCUCUCAAAAAAGAGGAGUCAUCAUGCUCAGCUGAUGGAACUUUGGAUUUAGGCUGUGAGUCUGAAUUGGAUGGCUCAGAGAUGGCGGAGGCCAAUGCCAAUGGGGAAGGAAAUGGAGUGUGUGCGAAGCAGGUAACCGAUGAGGCGUCUUCCACCCGAGAUUCAAGCCUUCCUAACACAGCAGUGCAGAGCAAGUUAGUGUCUUCCUUUCAGCAACACACCAAAAAGGCUCUCAAACAGGCUUUGAGGCAGCAGCAGAAGAGAAGAAAUGGAGUCUCAAUGAUGGUAAACAAGACUGUCCCUCGUGUGGUUCUGACACCAUUAAAGGUGUCUGAUGAGCAGUCGGAUUCGCCUUCAGGAUCUGAAUCUAAAAAUGGUGAAGCAGACAGUUCAGAUAAAGAAAUGAAACAUGGGCAAAAAUCUCCCACUGGAAAACAAACAAGUCAGCACUUAAAGCGAUUAAAAAAGUCUGGUUUAGGACACUUGAAAUGGACCAAAGCUGAGGACAUUGACAUAGAAACCCCGGGAUCUAUUCUUGUCAACACUAACUUGAGGGCAUUAAUAAAUAAACAUACAUUUGCUUCCUUACCUCAGCAUUUUCAACAGUACCUCCUGCUUUUGCUCCCAGAAGUGGAUAGGCAGAUGGGAAGUGAUGGAAUUUUACGCCUCAGUACUUCAGCUCUAAAUAAUGAAUUCUUUGCAUAUGCAGCACAAGGCUGGAAACAGCGACUGGCAGAAGGAGAGUUUACUCCAGAAAUGCAAUUGCGGAUAAGGCAAGAAAUUGAGAAGGAAAAGAAAACAGAACCCUGGAAAGAAAAAUUCUUUGAAAGGUUUUAUGGAGAAAAGUUGGGCAUGUCAAGAGAGGACUCUGUAAAGCUCACAUCUGGACCAAACAUUGAUGGAGCUGAAAGUAGUUCUUCAUGUGGGACCCCUGGCCUUCCCAGUCUUUCUGCACAGACUCCCUUGAAAGAACAACAGCCAAAAAGCAUGAAAAGCCCAACUUCUCCAGAGCCUGAAUUCUGUGCUAUGCUUUGUCCUAUGGUAGAUGUAGGCAAAGAUGUAAUGACAGAGUCAGAAUCAGAGGACAUCUUGAUCCCUGAAGAAUCCGUGAUUCAGGAGGAAAUUGCAGAAGAGGUCGAGACCAGCAUCUGUGAGUGCCAGGAUGAGAAUCACAAGACAAUACCUGAAUUUUCUGAGGAGUUGGAAAGUCCAGUCACCUCUCAUGAAGAGCCACAGAUAGCACCUCCUGAAGAUCACGUGGAAUCUUGUGUUAUGAUGAAUGAUGUUUUGGAAACUUUGCCUCCUAUCGAAGUUAACGUGGAAGAGAAAUCAGAAUCUCCCCAGGAAGAGAUGUCUGUUGUCAUUGAUCAGCUGGAAGUCUGUGACUCCCUCAUUCCUUCUACUUUAUCUAUGAGUCAUGUUAGUGACACAGAACAUAAAGAGCCAGAAACUGCACUAGAGACCAACACUCCAAAAAUUAAAACAGGGUCAUCAUCCCUAGAAGGCCGAUUUCCAAUUGAAGGAAUUGCCGUGGAUAUGGAGUUGCAGAGCGAGCCUGAUGAGCAGCUUUCUGAAAACGCCUGCAUCUCUGAAACGUCCUUCUCUUCUGAGAGCCCAGAGGGAGCCUGUACCAGUCUGACAUCCCCAGGAGGGGAAAACCAGUCCACUUCAGAGGAGUCGUGUACCCCAACCUCCCUUGAGACAACGUUUUGUUCUGAGGUGUCCAGCACUGAAAAUGUGGACAAAUAUAAUCAGAGAAAUUCCACUGAUGAAAAUCUUCAUGCAUCUUUGCUGUCAGAAAUCUCUCCAAUAUCCACCUCACCUGAGACAUCAGAAGCAUCUUUGAUGUCCAAUUUGCCUUUGACAUCGGAAGCAUCCCCAGUGUCAAAUUUACCUUUAACAUCAGAAACUUCGCCCAUGUCUGAUUUACCUUUGACAUCAGAAACUUCUUCAGUGUCUUCCAUGCUUCUCACACCCGAGACCACUUUUAUAUCCAGUUUGCCACUUCCUUCAGAAACAUCUCCAGUUUCCAGUUCUUCCAUGAAUGAAAGAAUGGUGCAGCAACAAAGAAAGUCCACUUCCGUAUCUGAAGAACCACCCUCCCCACAGAAAGACGAAGGUUCUGCCCCUGCCAAGCCCUUGGGAGAAGGUGUUACCUCUCAACAGAAGAUUCUAUCAAAUGCUCCUGAACCCAUCAAAAUGGCUUCUUCUUCAAUUGCUCCUGAAGCGUAUUCAUCAGAAGAAUUGCACGGUAACACCCUGAAUCAGCAGCCGGGUAAACCACACGUUGAAACUGAGAAAUCUUAUCCCACUUCGAUUCCGGAACUUCCUUCUACAGAAAUGAUAAAAGUGAAAAAUCAUAAUGUCCUGCAAAGAGCAGAAAAGAAGGGGAUGUCUUCACCAUUGGACUUACCCGUCUUUUCUGAAGAGACAGAGAGUAAGGGAAAUGAGGUCCCAUCAGCUAAACUACAGGACAAACAGUACAUCUCCUCGGUAGAUAAGGCUUCAUUUUCAGAAGGCUCUAGAAAUAAAAUGCAUAAGCAGGGGAGCUCACAGAAUCGGCUGGAGAACUCACAUUCUUCCAAGUUGUCAGAGCCCUCCAAGUCCCCAGAUGGGGUAAGAAAUGAAAGCAGAGAAUCUGAAAUAUCAAAGAGGAAAACUGCAGAGCAUCACGGCUUUGGGAUUUGUAAGGAGAAGAGGGCUAGGAUAGACGAUGACCAGUCAUCUGCUGGACGGAACAUCUCGUCCAGCAGCCCACCUGAGAAAGAGCCGCCCCCAAGAGAGGAGCCAAGGGUCCCACCUCUCAAGAUCCAGCUAUCCAAAAUCGGGCCACCCUUUAUCAUCAAGAGCCAACCCGUCUCCAAACCAGAGGCUCGUGCGUCUUCCAGCACCUCCGUCAGUAGUGGGAGGAACACGGGAGCCCGGACCCUGGCAGACAUCAAGGCCCGAGCCCAGCAAGCCAGGGCCCAGCGCGAGGCGGCGGCGGCUGCGGCUGUGGCGGCCGCAGCCAGCAUCGUCUCAGGUGCCAUGGGGAGCCCCGGAGAGGGCGGGAAGGCCCGGACCCUGGCGCACAUCAAAGAGCAGACGAAGGCCAAGCUCUUUGCUAAGCAUCAAGCGCGAGCCCACCUCUUCCAGAACCCGAAAGAACCCCGGGGGCCUCCCCAGCUUGGCCCAAAGGAAGGGCCUCCAAGCUUAGACGUCGUCUCUCCUGCCCCUGAAACAAAAAUUGAAGGCUCACCUGGCGUCAUCAUUGUUAACCCGAACUGCCGAUCUCCCAGCAACAAGGCCGCACACCUCCGGGACACCGCCACGGUUCUCCAGCAGCCUCUCACCCCGGCGAAACUUCCAGAAACCGCCACGGACUUAUCUGUGCAUAGUUCUGAUGAAAACACACCCGUGUCACACUUAUCUGAGAAAAUGGUUUCAUCUACCUCUUCUGAAAAUAGCAGUGUGCCCAUGCUUUUUAAUAAAAAUCCCGUCCCCGCGUCUGUCUGCAGCGCCGCUUUGUCAGGAGCAAUUAAAGAGCAUCCCUUUGUGAGUCCUGUUGAUAAAUCCUCUGUCCUAAUGUCUGUUGACAGUGCAAACGCUACAAUUUCUGCUUGUAACAUAAGCAUGUUAAAAACCAUCCAGGGAACGGACACCCCAUGCAUAGCCAUUAUACCAAAAUGUAUGGAGAGCACCUCUCUCCCUGCCCCCUCGGAGGGCGCAGGCUCGGCCAGCCCCCACAAUGACCAGCUGGCACUGGUACCCAGCAGCAGUGCUGGCAGCCUCGUCUCUGCUCAGUACACCUCCAUGCCAGCUCCCUCGAUUGGAAGCAACUUGCCCAACCAUCUCUCCACUAGCUCUGUCUUGAUGCCCCCAACGGGAAUGAACAACAGAUACCCUUCUGAGAAGAUAGCCAUGCCUGGGAGUGAAGAACCGGCCACUGUGCCCAUGGGCACCACUGUGAGAGCUGCCCUCGGCUGUAGGGACCCCGUUGCGGUCACUGACGCUCUGGUGGCACGCCCACCCGUGGCAGUGUUUUCUGGAAGCAUGCUGACCAUCAGCUCUUAUGAUAGCCCUCCCAAGUUAAGCACCGAAAGCCUGGACAAAACUUUAGGGACUCGGAACAGGGGAGACCCUUCUGGGAAACCUCAGUCAACCCCGGGCGGCUUCACACCUGCAGCCAUAAAUCGAUCCAUCCCAUGUAAGGUCAUCGUGGACCACAGCACUACGCUGACCUCCACCCUGUCUCUGACCGUUUCCCUGGAGAGCGCAGAAGCCGGCUUGGAGCUCCAGACCCGGGCCGGGAGGACGGAGGCAGCCGGGCCACCCGUGGCCUGCCCGCAGGUGUCUGUCAUCAGCAGGCCUGAGCCGGUGGCCCCUGAAGGCGGAGAUCACGGUUCCAGUUUCAUCGCGGCUUCCGCGGCCGAGCAAGACAGUCAGACGAUGAAGGCCACUUGUCCGGGUCUUCGCGAAGGACUCCUGGUUGUUCCUGAUAAAUUAAAAGAGGGGGCUCCCCUGAGUCACAGCUUUGACGAGCAGGCGCGUGGCUCAGCCCCGUUCAAGACUGAAGCUGAUACCACCUGUAGCCAUCCGUACAACUCCGGCAGCCGGAUCUGCUGGAGCGAGGACGGGAUGCGGAGCACGGGCCAGCCUCCGCCCAACCACCCGGCUUCCAGCAAACAGAAGGACUAUCUGGAGCAGAGCUGUCCCAAGUCCAUCAAGACCGAGCACGCCAGCUACUCGCACGUGGCGGAACUUCAGCCCCGGAAUCUCAUCACAAGCGUCACACUCCCCGUGAAGUCCGAACCUCAUGACGUGGACAAGGGCUUCAGGAUGGACACUGAAGACUUCCCCGGCGCCGAGCUGCCUGCUCCCACCGCCGAGGCAGCCCCAAGUGCGCAGCCGCCGCAGGCCGUGAAGGCCCCCGCCUCCGGGGCCUUGGAGGAGGCCGUCUCUUUGGCCACAGACAACCUGAAGCGGGUGCCUAGCGCUGGGAGCUCCAGCUGCCGUCUGUCCUCGGUGGAGGCCAACAACCCCCUCGUCACACAGUUACUCCAGGGCAACCUGCCUCUGGAGAAAGUGUUGCCGCAGCCCAGACUGGGAGCCAAGCUGGAGAUCAACAGGCUCCCCUUGCCUCUUCCGACUACCUCAGCGGGUAAAGCAGCCCCGGAGAGGAACGUGGUUGAAAUGCCCCUCAGCUCGCCCAACCCAGAUGGGAAGGGCUACCUGGCCGGAGCCCUGGCACCGCUCCCAAUGAGGAAGCGAGAGAACCACCCCAAGAAGAGGGUGGCCAGGACGGUAGGGGAGCACACGCAAGUCAAGUGCGAGCCGGGGAAACUGCUGGCGGACCCCGACGUGAAGGGGGUGCCCUGUGUCCUCGGCUCCGGCCUGAGUCCGCUGGCACACAGCCAGCCGCUGAAGCAGGAGUGGCUGAACAAGCACCCCGCGCAGAGCAGGAUUGCUCACAGCCCUGAGGUCAAACAGCAGAAGCGGCUGCUCCCCUCGUGUAGCUUCCAGCAGACCCUGUUUCACGUCGACAAGAAUGGGGGCUUCCAUCCCGACCCCGGGACCUCGCACAGACAGCAGUUUUACCAAAUGCCUCUGACACCCAGGGGCCCCCUUCCUCCUGCAGCCCUGUUACCGGCCUCUGCCAAGACCCCAGCAGGCUGUAACGCCUUCGCCUUCAACAGGCACCUUGAACAGAAGGGACUGGGGGAGGUUGGCCUGUCCCCGGCGCCUCACCAGCUGAGGUUAGCCAACAUGGCACCCCCCAACGUGCCCAUUAAAGAAGGUGAUGACGUCGGGGGGACCCCGCACGGAAUGCCGCAUAAGGCCUUGGUGCAUCUCCCGCCGCCCCCGCCGCCGCCCCCUCCCCCCUUGGCUCUGCCCCCGCCGCCCCCCCCACCGCCGCCACCUCCGCUACCUCCGCCUCAUCCUAACCCAGAAGUCCCAUCCGAGCAAAAACAACCGCCGGUUACCAUGGAAACCACUAAGCGACUCGGUUGGCCACAGUCCACGGGCAUAUGUAGCAAUAUAAAAUCGGAACCUCUUUCUUUUGAGGAAGGUUUGAGCAGCAGCUGCGAACUGGGCAUGAAACAAGUUUCCUACGACCAGAGUGAGAUGAAAGAACAGUUGAAGGCCUUUGCUCUGAAAAAUGCCGAUUUCUCUUCCUAUUUGCUUUCCGAGCCGCAGAAGCCUUUCACCCAGUUAGCUGCUCAGAAAAUGCAGGUGCAGCAGCAGCAGCAGCUCUGUGGAAACUAUCCAACCAUCCACUUCGGGAGCACAAGCUUCAGAAGGGCCACGUCUGCCAUCGAAAAGUCCAUUGGGGUUUUGGGAAGUGGCUCCAGUCCCACCACGGGCCUGCCUGCUCAGAACGCCCAGAUGCCUGUUCAGAACUUUGCCGACAGCAGCAACGCAGACGAAUUGGAACUGAAAUGCUCUUGCCGGCUGAAAGCCAUGAUUGUGUGCAAAGGCUGCGGGGCCUUCUGCCACGACGACUGCAUAGGGCCUUCUAAACUCUGUGUCGCUUGCCUGGUUGUGCGAUAAAAGCCGAGUGAAAGGUGCAGUAUCCCUUUUCCACUACGGAAAAGCCAAACGGCAUCAUCAACAACACAUUGAGUCACUCCGGGGUCUAUCCCGUGCUAAUUUAUUUUAGUUUGGAACAGAGGCUGUUUUCUCUAUCUCAUAUUGUUUUCUGGCGUUUCUGGGAGAGGCGAGAUCGCAUCUCAGUCGAGGGGCUCAGCAGCAUGUCUUUUGCCUAUUCAGUUGCCAUUUGCAACUCCUGGAAAAUUUCUACGCGUAUGUGUGUGUAUACAGGUCGCUCCCUCCCAAUUUGUUGCUUUAAAAAAAAAAAAAAAUGCAGGUGUAGCAAGGAAAAGGACAAUGUAAUUACUUCAUGGUAACCAGAAAUGAAGAUGUAGAAAGAGAUGGGUAAUCGCAAUUUUGAGGUGGUGAUGCAUUCUUCUACAGGUAAACCAUUCCAGUGAGGGUCCCACAGUUGGCUCCUUUGGAUCUGCCUUCACCAUAAGUGAUGACAUUCUAUUUGGCAAAGGGAAUCUGAUUUAAGUGUAUGAUUCCUUGUAUUUACCCAUAUCACAAGAGAUAUUAAAGGAGGUAUACCAUUAAUGAACUCCACUGUCCUUAUUCCCUUUCUUCCCUUUUGACUCUUUUCGGAGAUGGGCAGAUUACCUGGAUCUGCCUUGGACAUGGUACACACAUCGUAGUGAAAUGUCUUUUCUACCUGAAAUUGCAGUGUGGGCCUCUUGCCCAGCAGUCUGGUUCAAGCCUCUUGACACCUGAGACUAAGAUCAGUUGGACUACAAAGAGCCAUAGGCCCAGAGGAUUUCAGAGCUUUGUGCAUGGCUUCUAAGAGCAAGUAUGAAAAAAGAUACCCUAAAAUUCAGAGCAAACAAGUAAAAUGCUGUGUAUGCAAACACACCUAAAUGGGUUGAUGAUGUAAAUAUUGGUCCAUUCUAUUCACUCUAAUACAGUUACUGGAUAUUGAGAUUGGGGGGAAAUAAUCAUACCCUUUAUUGAUGACACCAUUGCAUUCUGACUUCUGACUCUGCAGAGGUUGGCCAUUUCUUUUUUAAAGUGUCAUUGAUGACCAAAGGGACUCUAGAAGGCUGAAGUGUUGACAUUUUUCCAAAUAAGUUUCUUCCUCAUGAGUCACGAUCUCUGUAAUUGCAUUUGACUCUGAACUAGUCCUUUAGAAUUGUUCUGGGUGUUCCAUGAUUUGGCUUCUCCCCACCCUCACGUGAAUUCAGUGCAUUCUUCACAUUUGGGGGAGUGGAACUACUUUUGAAAAAGGGAUACUGCAUCUUACAACUGUUCUCAGUGUUUAGCCUAGAGCCUGGGUGUUGAGUAUUUGAGUUGCAUUCCGUGUACUUCGGCCACCCUCAUGCCAGAGGACAGCUGUAGUUUCAGCAGGCUCUGUUCCCUAAAGCAAGUUCAAAAGCACAUGCACAUUCUGGGAAGAUGAAAGAACAAAAACCAUGUCCAUUUUAACUUCAUAUUACAGAGCACAAAAUGGGGAGUACCUUUAACCCACUGGUUGAUUGUGACUGUAGAAAAUCUGGGUGUGGGUUGAAUCUUCUGUAUUCAGGGUAAGAAUGACAAGUUGUUUUCACAAGGGAUCGUCCUAAUCAAUGUUAACUUUUGACAUUCCCUUAAAUUACGUCUUAAAAAUCGACUGAAAUGAGUGGAAAUUACAUUCCUGGGGAUUAAAAAAAAACUUGCAAUUUUUUUUAUAGUAGUCAACCAUGGCAUAUUUUUUCCUCCAUAUUUAUUACUGUGAUGUUGCCAAAUUUUAGUAAGUGAUAGAGAUGUCAUUUUUACUAACAAAUUGCUGAUAGUGAAAGAUAACUUAGGAAGAAAUCAAAGCAAAUAAGGCCUACUUCUGUGGCUGAGAUUCAGUGCUUCAGUUGCUGUCACUUUUGUUUUUCACAUUAAAAUUAGCAGAAUUAAUGGCUGAGAAUAUUAGCAAUGCACUUAACCAGCCCUUUCCAAGAAAGGCAGCAUUAGUUCCAGCGGAUCCUUAGUUCACUCUGCACCAGGUGGUUUGAGUGGUAUCCUCAUCAGUGGGUCUCUAUGGUCUGCUUGGCUCUGAUGUUGGUUUGGAAGGGCAUGCUCACAGAGGGGCACCCCGAAAACAUAGACACUUGCAUGCCACCUCCUCCUUCCAAACUUAGUUGCUCCUCUCCCAGUGUCAGAUACUGUCCACACCAGCAGAUUCAACAUUACCCUAGUAACUGACACCUUGUUGAAACUCCGGUCUACAAAACCUUUGCACUCUGCAUAUGAGAUACAAUUGAGGCUGAUAUGAUACUGAGCUCGUUUUCAGUUCCAUCAUUGUGGAACAUUGCCCGCAAGUUACUCACUGGGAAUAAAGAAAAGUGUCCUUCUCUCUUUUCUGAUUUCUCACAUGGUAAGUUUGGAGAAUCAGUUGCUAAUCACAUGUGGAUUCUAUCACCCUGUUCCAAAGAGCAUAAUAUUUCUCUGCCCUUGCUCUUUUUUUGCUCUUGUUUAAAUUCCCAGUGUUCACAUAUGGAUUAUAUUACUGAAGAAUUAAAGCUUUGUGCUCAAAAGAUGGAAAGAAAAAUUCACAGGUAAAACAUAGGUCAGAUAUGUUAUGAGUGGCCAUUUAAUAUAUAUACAAAAGCCAGUAUAUUUGGAUUAGGUGAGCAAGUUCUUAGUGUCCUGAUUUCCACUGAUAUCUGCUUAUGGGCGAAUGGAGUAUAUUAUUUACUACAUGUUUACCAUGAUACAAUGUGCAAAUUUUUGUGUGUUAUCCUGGUGAUUGGACACUGUGAUACUCAUAUCAGGAACAGAGCUUGCACAUCUAUCAAGGAUUUUUUAUUAUUAUUUUCACAAAGGUUGUGUUUCCCUAAGUAGCACUUUUGAAACCAGGGACAGAAGAAAACUGCUAUUCCCUGAUCCCUCUCCUAUAUGAUAUACAUCUGCCUGAAGUUGUAUAAAGACAUUUAGGUAGUUAAUGGGCAUGCUAAUAUGAACGUUCUCAUGCAAGAGUCAUUUUCAGAAUGAAAAUAUUUUUCCUUCCCCAAAGUGAGAAUAGCAGAAAUGUUGGCGACCUGAGCACCAUAGUUACAUAGACUAUUUCCCUGCUAAGGUCUAGUUUGAAGGAAAAAACUUGAAAACAAACCUAUGAGGUUGAGCCUGGUUGCUAUAAAGACUUUGUGUUUAUAGCUGUGUGUUUCUGGGAUGAGCUGUGGAAGGUUUAGUUGACUUCUAGAGAUUCGAGAGUCUCACUCGUUCAAAAUAAACAGACACAAGCUGGUGCGUAUGGUGCUUCACAAGGCAGCCGAGAGUAAGAAUCCAAGAUGCUACAGCCCCAUGGCCUUUACAAACACUCGCACAACUUCUAAAGGGGAAAUUACUGUGGCCUUGGUUUCCCAGUUCUCCUGGGUCUGGUCAAAUCCCAGGUAACAGAAGCUGAAGCCAAGUUAAGGGUCGUAUCCGCUCUGUAGUGUGGAGGCCAGCACUGGAGCGGCCUGGAGGGAGUGAGCCCACCAAACACGCAGAGCCCAGUCACUGUCCAUGUUUCUAGAGAACAAUGUGAAGAGUCCUAGAAAAGGAACUCACCAGACUGUCAGGGGCCGAUGUAGCCAAAAUGUCACUGAAUAGAAACAAAAUCUUGUCUUCAGUCCUCAUGCUUUGUCACUGUAAAGCUAACAAAAAGCAUUUUUACUAUAAUUUAAAGGAGCUGCUUUUUUUAUAGCACAUACUAUUUCGCUUUGUACUCUCUUUGAUAGUUGCAGAAUAAUUUAGACUGUAGAAAAAACUUUGUUGUAUUUGUACUGUUCAUGAAUGUUUCAAAGAAAGUGCUUUACUUGGUUGCCAUAAUUUUUCUUGUACUGCUGUAUUUUUCCCCCUGGCUUCAUGGAAACCUAAUCUGACUCAUAUUUUCAGUACACUUUUUUAACGUGUGUUUGUGUGUAUUUUUUUUCCCUUUGGUCAGUAUUCUGAAUGUUUACAUCUGUUUGACAUUAGCCAUUUAAUGCCUUUUUUGAAAGGCGGUAUUACUCUUAAAGUGUAACAGCAAAAUGUGAAUCAACCCAAACAUAACAUGCAUGACAAAUACAGAUUGGGGGGCAAAGGCCCGGAACGUACACAGACAUUUUAUAUCAGCAUACAGCAAAGUCCAACCCUCCUUCAGCCCUCUACCAAAGAAUAUAUUAUUCCCACAGGAAAAACUCAGAAAAGGUGUGUAAAAUCCUCAGAAGGGGGAGCAGUUGAAUCAGUAAGACUGCGACAAUUUAAUACUGUUAUGCUUGCUUUGAUACCUGACUAAAUGUGACGGAGUGCAACAAGCAUUGAAACAAUUUUUAGGCAGUGUUUUGUUUAGAAUUCAGGGAUCAUGCAUUCUUUAAUGGUGCUGUUUGUUUUUUAUUUCUUUUCUACAAAGGAAAAAAAAAAGUGUUGCCUAAAAGUGACUGCUCACGAUACCAUAAGUUAAAUGAAAUGUUUGUCUUUUCAUGUUUCUGUUUUUCCCUUUCUCUAAAGUAAUGAUUUGGGUUUCAAUAUUAAAAUAUUCUGGGAGAAAAUAAAGAAAUUCAACCUUAAA